AACCAUAGUUCCUAUACAUACAAGAUAGACACAAGACACAUGAUAUACAACACUAUAUUCUCAUAAAGUUGAUUUCUCUCGGUCUAUUCGCAUCAAACAACAUCAAUGGACUCCGACAGCAGAGCAGAAGCCGAGCGCCUCCUCGGAAUCGCCGAGAAGUUCUUACAAUCGAAAGAUCUCACCAGCGCCCGUGACUUCGCGGUGUUAGCGCAAGAGACGGCGCCGUUGCUCGACGGCUCCGACCAAAUCCUGGCCAUCACCGACGUGAUUCUCGCCGCCGAGACGAAGAAGGUGAAUAACAAGCUGAAUUGGUACGCGAUUCUUCAGAUUGACUCGAAAUCUGAGAGUCCUGAAGUGAUUAAGAAGCAGUAUAGGAAGCUAGCGCUGUUGUUGCAUCCUGAUAAGAAUAGUUACCCUUUUGCCCAUGAUGCGUUUAGGCUGGUGGCGGAUGCGUGGGGGGUGUUGUCUGAUCAGGUUAAGAAGAGGGUGUUUGAUGGGGAGUAUGGGGUUUUUAGUAGGGUUAAUUUGGUGGGGAGGAAGGGGAAUCAGAGUAAUCAGGAUAAGUAUAAGGGGGCUUCGGGCGGGGCGAGGAGGUUGUCGAGUUUCUGGACUGCGUGUCCUUAUUGUUAUAAUCUGUAUGAGUUUCCUAGGGUUUAUCAGGAUUGUGUGUUGAAAUGUGGAAAUUGUGGGAGGGCAAUUCAGGCGACGGAGAUCGGGACUUUGCCUCCGCUUGUGGAAGGGCAGGAUGCGUAUUAUUGUUGUUGGGGGUUUUUCCCGAUGGGGUUUACAGGGAAGGAGGAUGGGGGAAGUGGGAGUGGGAAGAAGGAUUCGGGGGUGCCUAAUUUUGUGCCGCCUGUGAAUGUGGAUAAUUUGAACGAGGGAGGGGUGGAGGAGAAUGGAGGGGAUGAGGAUGGGAAUGUGACUCCGGUUUAUAGGAAUGCGAAUGUGAGUGGGAAUGUGACUCCGGUUCAUAGGAAUGUGAAUGCGACUCCUGUGCAUAGGAAUGUGACUGUGGGUUCAGCUCCGUCAACGGGUGCUAAGAAGAGGGGCAGGCCAAGGAAGAAUGUGUAAUGAAAGGCGGAUUUAAGAAGGUAAAGCUUUCCUUUGUUGAAAAAUGUUGACUAGCAAGGAACAAGCAGUAGUAGGAUUCAGAAGUUUGAUUAGCAUUGUGUUGAAUUGGAGUAGGUAGGCAGUUUCUUUAUUUCGUUGGUUAUUAUGUUGUUUUAUGUUCAUGUGGUUGUAGAGACUUGUAGUUUCCAAAUCAUGAAUUUGUAACUAACUGCUUUAAAGUUGUAGCUUUGAAUAUUGCUGUUA